AUUAAUAAUAAUAAUAAUAAAUCACAUUAUUUUUAGAAUCGAAAAUAAAUUUAUUCAAAAUAUAUAUGGAUAUUAUGGCCGCUAACGAUUUUAUCUAUGAUGACCUACACAAUGAUGAAGAUUCAUCGUAUGAACAUGAAGAUUUUCUUGAUUCAUAUGGUGAUGAUUCUGAUUAUUAUGAUCAUAUGACGAUGAUGGGAUCGAAUUCCGAACAUACAAUGAAUGAAUUAUUUUUCCAUUGUAUUGAACCAACAUUACGUGAUGUUUGGUGGCAAUUUUUAUUGCCAAUUUUGGCAACUAAUUUUAUAGCCAUCAUAUUGUUUACAUUAUUAAUCAUUGUAGUAAUGAGAUCCACCAGAAUGAAACAAUUUCAAUUCAUCAUAUCGGAAUCGAUUCUGAUCAUUAGUGGUUAUUCAUUAUUGUUACAUCAUUAUUCAUCAAAUAACUUUGAUCAAUUAUUAUUUCUUACUUCUGUGAUCAUCAUAUCAAGUAUUUUCGUAUCAGUAUUGCUUGCAUUCGAUAUUCAUAAUGGAUUACAUUUUAUAUGGCCUUUACAUCUUUUAUUCAUUGGAUUGAAUGAAAUUUUAAUAUUUUUUUAUGAUUCAUCUGAUUGGAUAAAAUUACGACCAAAUCUGAUGCUAUUGCUAAUGAAAUCAAUUUCAUAUUUUCAUGAAAUCAGAAUUUCCAUGGAGAAAAAAGACAUCAAAAACAGUGGUAGUUUUAUACGAAAUUUUAAAUUCAUCAUUCUACAAUAUAGUGCCUAUGUUUUACAUCCUUGUGCCAUCAUUUUGGGUAUUUGGCAUCCACAUAAUGAUCAUUCAAAAUUAUUCAUAACAAAUCAUAAUAAUAAUGAUGAAACAAGAACGAAAAAUUUCAAACAAAAUAUUAUCCAAUCAUUUGGCUCAUUAUUUUUUUCAUUACUAUUUUUAAUCUGUUCUACGUGUCUUAUUGAUUAUUUUUUUGGCCACAUUCUUUUCGAAUAUCUUGAUUCAUUUAUUCGAAUAUUCUUUGCGGAUGAUCCACAACAAACAUCUACAUUUUGGUUUUUUAUCAUGAAAAUUCUUCGAUCCUAUUCUAUUGCGAUACAAUUUCAUUAUUCACAUUAUUUCAUCUGUUUUCUUGGUCAAUCUAUGUUCCAUUUAUGGGGAUUUGACGAUCUACAAGUGACGAAACCAUUAUCGAUUGAAUGGCCACGAUCAUUGGUGGAUGUAGUUGUUGCAUGGAAUAUUCCAAUGCAUCAAUGGCUAAAAAGAUACGUUUUUCAAGUUAUGAAAAAUAAUCUUAAAAAUAUUUAUCUGACCAUUUUGGCAACUUAUUUCAUAAGCUCUUAUUUACAUGGUUUUAAUUUUCAAAUUUGGACCGUACUAUUAACAUUAGGUUUGAUUACACAAGCCGAAUUUAAACUACGAAAAUCAUUGGCACAUUUUUGGUCUGCAUGUGUUGAAUCAAGAAAAUGUCAAUAUGAUUAUUAUGUUUACGAUGAUGAUGAUGAUGAUGACAAUUAUUCAUUGGUUUGUCGUCAUGGACAUCGAAAAACUAAAAACAUUUGGAUCGUACGAAUCAUAAAUCUAUUCUUUACAUUGUUAGCUUUAUUUCAUCUUGCUUUUCUUGGCGCUACAUUCGAUGGUCAACCAGAUUCAUCAAGUGUAGAAAACGUUUGGACCGUAUGGAAAGAUUUACAUUUCUAUCCAUUCAUUACAAUGAUCAUAAUGUUUGUCCUGUAUAAAAUGAUUUCAUGAUGAUAAAAAAAAAAUUAAAUUCUCCAAAAUUUUCAUCACUUGUCGAUAGAUGGCGUGUGGAAGAAAUUCUUUAAAAAAAGAACGAAUCUAUCGAUAGUAAUGUUCUAUGAAUCACAAUUCUUUCAUAUAUAUUCUUCAUCAAGCCUUUUUGUUCAAUUGAAUUUUUUUUUUUUUUGAUAAAUUAUCA